AUGGCCACCCUUGUGGCAGGCCUUAGCGUGCAAGACCAGGAAAUCCAGCUGCUCCAGGGGCUGCAAAAUCUUUACAAGCUGGAGCUGAGCCAGCCCAAUGGAGCCUGGUUCCUGGUCCUGCAGCCCCACAGUGAGGAGAGGUAUAGGAGACACAUCUUCCUGUAUAAAGUAUAUGACUGGAGACUGAGUUUUGGUACAAGGGAAAUUAUAUAUGGGAACGAUGAGUCAGUGAAGCCGCAUCAACAGGAGAGAUAUGUCGAGAAAAUCAUCAUUCAUGAGAAAUACAUCCCCAGUUUAGAGAACCAUGACAUUGCUCUCAUGAAGAUCACCCCUCCCGUUCCUUGUGGGCAAUUCAUCGGAACGGGCCGCCUGCCCCAAUUUAGGGCGGGCCCACCUGGAGUUCCUCAGGCCUGCUGGGUGGCUGGCUGGGGAUUCUUGAAAGAGAAAGCCUACAGGAUCGCACCUACACUGCAGGAGGCCCGUGUGAACCUCAUCGACCUCGACUUAUGUAACUCCACCCAGUGGUACAACGGGCACAUUUAUUUAACCAAUGUGUGUGCAGGGUACCCUGUCAGGAUCGACACCUGCCAGCAGCGGGCCUCUCAUGUGCAGAGACAACUUGACAAACACCUAUGUGGUCGUGGGAGUCACAAGCUGGGUGGUGGCUGUGCCCGAACUAAGCGCCCCGGAGUCUACACGGCCACCUGGCCCUACCUGAACCAGACUGCUUCCAAGAUCUCCGCUCUGCAUCUCGACCUCAACCUCGACCCAAACCCCCGGCGCCAACCCCAGCCCCACCGCCACUCCCAUCUGCCCCCGCACCUAUCAGUAAAGCUCCCCAAGUACUUUAUGUUGCCAAGCGACUAG